AUGGUCGAGCCGGCGAAGCUCAAAGUUGCCGAGCUCAGAGAAGAGCUCAGCAAGCGAGGUCUGCCGAGCAAAGGCCUCAAAGCUGAGCUAGUGACACGCUUACAGACGGCUCUCGAGGCCGACAGUACCGGCAAUGCGUCUACCGAACAAAAAGACGCUCAAGACGUCGCUCCCGUGUUGGGCGAUGCUGCGAUCGAGCAAGGUGUCCUACCGCCAGCUUCCGUCCCGACAGGAGUCAACGCGGCCGAUUCGACCGGCGUGACAACUGCCGAGGCACCGUCAGUAGCCGUUGACGUCGACGCAAGUCUGCCUGAAGAGAUGCCUGCUGUGCCCGUCACGGAGCCAGACGAAGGCAUGCAAGAAGCGAUUGAGCCGUCCGAAGCCGUGACUGACCCUCAAGACCGAGCCAACGAGCAAAUGAUUGAAGAUCAGCCGGCCACGACAGCUCAGGACGUUCAACUCGAAGCAGAGCCUGUGCCCGUCAUCGCAGAGCCUGCCAUAGCUGCACAGGAUCCCAUCGAACGCAACUCUGGUCUAGCCUUCUCAUCCGCGGAAGGCGAGGCGGGCGUCGAAGGCAAGAUAGAAGGAACCGGCAAGCCUAUGCCUGAGACAACGGCCGAGCUUGCGAGUCAGGGUGCCCCAAAGCGCAAGCACGAGCAUACAGAGGGAGACGCCAAGCCAGUCGAUGAGUCUGAGGACUCUGUCAUGGUGCCCGCAACUGAGGAUUCAAAGGCCGAAGAGCCUGCUAGCAAACGCGUCAAGGCUGACCUUGGUGCACACGAUGGACCAAGCCUGCUCGCUCGAUCUGCCCUCGGCCAAGAGAGGCAGACGUCGAAUCCACCUACUCCUGAACAGAGCAAGCCCCAGCCGAGCGAGGAAGACGAUGGACCACCGCCUUCUGCCGGUCUAUAUCUCGCCAACCUAGUGAGGCCCUUUACCCCACCUCAGCUCAAGGAGCUGCUCAGCGAACACGGCGAGCUGCAAACUUUCUGGCUAGACGCUGUCAAGUCUCACGCGUACAUCGUCUACGCUAGCCUAGACGCGUCGAAAGCCGCCAUGCAAGCGUUGCAAGGUCUGCAAUGGCCAGCAGGCACAGGCAAGGAGCUCUACCUAUCCUACGUCCCUGCGCAGAAGAUUCCCAGUCUGAUCGGCCAAGAAGAGGAAGCGAAAGCAAAGCGGUCCGGCAGACUCGAGCUUUUGAUCGCCAGCGAAGACGAUGAAUGGUCGUACAAGCUCGUCCCCUUCGGGUCCGGCAAUCUCGCAGCACGGAUCGUCAAGAGUGCGCCCAGACUACAAGUCAGGGGCCUCGCCUCUGCGCUCCCAGCUGAUCUCAUGCCAAAUGCAACCCGGCCUGCACCGCCCUCCAUACGUGCCAGGCCACCGCCAGAACCUAUCGUCGUGCCUCGACCGCGCGACGAUCCCGACAAGCAUUUCACAAAGACAAAGACGAGGCCGCAUCUCUACUAUAAAGAAGUUGAUCCUGCGAUAUCGAGGGCGCGUCUGGAAAAGUUUGCCAAGAUUCCGUGA